AUGGUAAUGGUAAGAAUUAAAGUAUAUUCUUGUGGAGUAUGUCAUACUGAUAUAAUGAUGGCAAAGGGAGCGUUUCCAGGUUUACCAUUCCCAGUUGUACCGGGACAUGAAGUAGCAGGUAGAAUUGAUGAAGUUGGUGAAGGUGUAACAUGUUUUAAAAAAGGAGAUAAAGUAGGAGUUGGCUAUUUUGGAGGAAGUUGUCACGAAUGCAAACAAUGUAAACAAAAUCAAUGGACAACUUGUGAAAAGGUUGGAACCACUGGUAUUUCGUUUAGAGGUGGCAUGGCAGAAUACAUGAUUGCUCCAUGUGACGCUGUUUCUGUUAUACCAGAGGAAAUAUCGUUUGCAGAAGCCGGACCUUUAAUGUGUGCCGGUGUCACUACAUUCAAUUCCAUUCGUUCAAUGGGUAUCAGACCAGGUGAAAAAGUUAUCAUCCAAGGUAUUGGUGGUUUAGGUCAUCUUGCUAUUCAAGUAUGUUAA